AUGCUGAUCUGCUCGUCCUUUGGAACUAAUAUUGUAUAUAUAUGUGCAGCCAUAUGGACUGUGGGUCUGUGCGAUUGUCACUACAAGCGGAGAAGCUCACACUCUUGCACAGUUUCAAUCUCGAUCUGCAUGUCUGCCUUUCCGGGCGACGACAUGGGUGCUACAUUGGCCGAUGAGAAGCCCCACGUGGUGUGCGUGCCUUUCCCGUCGCAGGGGCACAUAACGCCGAUGAUGAAGCUGGCUAAGGUCCUUCACCGCAAGGGCUUCCACAUCACCUUCGUCAACACUGAGUACAACCAACGCCGCCUCGUCCGCUCCCGCGGCCCUGACGCCAUAACCGGCCUCCCGGACUUCCGCUUCGCCACCAUUCCGGACGGCAUGCCCUUGUCUGACGCCGAUGCCACGCAAGACCCGGAAUCCCUUUGCUAUUCCACCAUGACCACCUGCCUCCCCCACCUCAAGAACCUGCUCCAUGACCUCAACAAUAAAUCCGGGACGCCGCUGGUAAGGUGCGUCGUGGCGGACGGCCUCAUGAGCCUUAGCGUUGAUGCUGCGGUGGAGAUCGGCGUUCCUUGCGCGCUGUUCUGGACUGCCAGCGCCUGCGGCUACAUGGGCUACCACAACUUUAGGUUUCUCAUAGAUGAGGGCCUUACUCCUCUCAAAGAUAAAGAGCAGGUGACAAACGGGUACAUGGACACGCCCGUGACACAUGCUUGUGGUAUGAGCAAGCACAUGCGUCUCCGAGACUUCCCGUCUUUCAUCCGCACCACGAACCGGGGCGACGUCCUGCUCAACUUCAUGAUACACCAGCUAGAGCAGUCCAGCCGCGCGACCGCCAUUAUUGUUAACACCUUUGACGAGCUAGAGCAGCCGGCAUUGGACGCUAUGUGCACCAUGCUUCCCCUACCAAUCUACACUAUCGGCCCGCUAAACUUCCUCACCGAGCAGCUGGUCCCCAAUGGUGACGGCAGCGAUACACUCGCCCUGAUAUGCCCCAACCUCUGGAGAGAAGACCGGUCUUGCCUUGAGUGGCUACAAGGCAGGGAGCCUCAGUCCGUGGUGUACAUCAACUUUGGUAGCAUCACCACCAUGUCCAGCCAAGAGCUCCUGGAGUUCGCAUGGGGGCUGGCCAACUGCGGCUAUGACUUCCUGUGGAUCGUGAGAAAUGACCUCGUAAAGGGCGAUGUCGCCAUGCUGCCUCCCGAGUUCCUUGAGGUGACAAAGGGCAGGUGCCUCCUGGCGAGCUGGUGCGACCAGGAGGCGGUGCUGCAUCACGAGGCGGUGGGCGCGUUCCUGAUGCACUGUGGGUGGAACUCCAUGAUGGAGGGGCUCAGUGCAGGGGUGCCAAUGUUGUGUUGGCCCUUCUUCGCGGAGCAGCAAACCAAUUCCCGCUACGCGUGCGUGGAGUGGGGCGUCGGGAUGGAGGUUGGCAAGGACGUGCGCCGAGAGGUGGUCGAGGCAAGGAUACGAGAAGUGAUGGGAGUAGGAGAGGUAGGGAGGGAGAUGAGGCGGAAGGCGGUGGAGUGGAGCAAGAUUGCCGUUCGCGCAACCGCACAACCGGGUGGUAGGUCGUUGGCCAACCUCUCGAGUCUGCUCGAGGAUAUACUAUUGAGUGCGGUUGAAAAUGCUGGGUAG